AUGGUCAAGAAGCCGUCCAAGGCGCAGAAGGCGAAGCUGCGUAGAGGCGGUGACGCCGAUGCCGAUUCAGCGAAUGCGCGAGGCGGACGCGGUGGACGAGGAGGUAGGGGUCGUGGGCGAGGUCGUGGCCGUGGAGGCGGCGCAGCAGCAGCAGGAGGCAGGCUGGGCCGCUCCAGUCUCCUGCCUCCCGAGCAGCAGGCGGCUUUCGAGUCGCGCAGACGCACCGUCCAGCUGGAAGAAUCAGCCUUCUCCAAGCUCUCGCCGCCAGUGCUCGAGCGCCUCAACAUCCUCGCCUCUUACGCCCACCUCCACCGCCCCGUCCCCGCCAGCCUCAUCCACUUUGACUACUCGCGCUUCGGCCGCGCUCGCGCAGAGAACCACCAGCGCAUCCUAGAUCAGCAGCAGUCCGAACAGCAUGUCCGCGAGUCGCACCCGCUCGCCGGCUGGCUCGACACCGCGUCCAAGCAAGCUGAUUCUGAUGAACUCUCCGACCACGAGGACGCUGCCCCAGACGAGGACAGCGUCGACGGCAUCGAGGAGACCGGCGAGCUUCGGCUUCCAAAGCGUCCCAAAUGGCGCGCAGACAUGGACACCAAGACCGUGCUCUCGCAGGAAGCCGAGGUGUUCCGCCAGUGGCUCCACAAGACCGACGCCGUGGUGGAGCGCGCCUUCUUCACCUCGUCGCCGCUCUUUGCCGGCCUCGAAUCGCACACGCGCUCGCAGGACAAAGCCGCCUUCACCACCGCACCCUCCAUGGGUGGCAGCCGCAUGGUCGCGUCCAUAGCGUCGGCCGAUACCAUCACCAAGCUGCUCGACCACCGCCCGGCGCCCGGGACCUCGGUGAUCGGCAGCCUGUACGAGCGCAACAUCGAAGUCUACCGCCAGCUCUGGCGCGUAUGCGAGCGCAGUGAUCUCGUGUGUGUGCUUGCCGACGCGCGGUGUCCGCUCCUCCACCUCCCGCCGAGCCUCGUCGGCUUCCUCGAACGCUACAUGCGCCUCAAGGUCGUCAUCGUGCUCACCAAGGCCGACAUCGUGCCCAGGCGCAUCGUCGACGCAUGGCAGACGUAUCUCAAGCAGAGGUUUCCCAGGUGGCAGGUGGUGGCCACCGAGAGCUACGCCAAGCUCGAGAGGAUGGAGGGCCAGGGUGCCAGGACGAGGUUUGCGCCCUAUCUGUCGCCCGGGUCGAGAAAGGCCUUGUUCGAAGCGCUCAGGACGGCACAUGCGGAGCUGAUCACGCCGCCAAAAGCAGUGCUGGAGGACGAAGCGAAGAAAAAGCAGUGGGUGCCGCCGUGCGCCACGGAUACAGACUGGGAAGGCGUAGAGCGACGAGUGCAGCUCCACACCGAAGGCUUCGGCCCUGACGACCACGUCGACGACUCGGAAUCGACCGAGCAAGUCGAAGCACCGCCCAGCCGCGAUGACGCCGCCCAGUCGAAGGACAAGACAGGUCGACAGCCGCUCCCCUACCUGACCAUCGGUCUGAUCGGGCAGCCGAACGUGGGCAAAUCGAGUCUGCUCAAUGCGCUAUUCGGUGCCAAAGUCGUGCGUGCCUCCAAGACGCCAGGCAAAACCAAACACUUCCAGACGCACUUUCUCGUGCCCCUUACCACCACCCCCUCUUCAACGCCACGCGGGUUGGGCGAAGAGAGCCAUCGCGGUCAGAUCCGACUGUGCGACUCGCCCGGGCUGGUGUUUCCGAGCCUGAUUGGGAUGGAGAUGCAGGUCAUGGGUGCUGUGCUGGCCAUCUCGCAGGUGCAGGCCAUUUCGUCGUGCAUCCGCUUCGUCGCCGAACACAUCCCGCUCGAGCGCGUGCUCCAACUCGACUAUCCCUACGACGAAGACAUGCCGGAGUCAGAGGAGGAAGAGGAGUGGACGGGCGUCAAGGUGCUCGAGGCCGUGGCGAGGAGGUAUGGGUACAAGACGGCCAAGGCGAAUCGGUGGGAUGUGAACCGCGCGGGCAAUUUGGUCAUGCGCGCUGUUGCCGAGGGUCGCAUCAAGUGGGCCUUCAGACCGCCCUUGGGCGAAGGCGAGAAGGAGGAGGGCGCAGAUGGAAUCUGGAUUCGAGACACAGAGGAAAAGGUUAAGGGCGCCGAAGACCUGCUCACAGCUCCCAAUCCGGACGACGAAGAGGACGAACCCAAGGACGACGAGCAGGAUGAGGGUGAUAGUAGCGAAGACGCCGACAUGGCGCGCAAGGUCAGGUUCGAUUUCGGCGCACCCGAAGACAACGACACCGACGAUGACGAUCAAGAUGACGAGGAAGAGCAGGCAGGACUCGGAGGCUCGACAGCGUCGCUGUUCAGUGCGCUCGCUGUUGAAGACGCUGCCGAGGAGGACGAUGACGACGAGGACGAUCGAGACGAGGAAGACGACGACGACGGCGAAGAGUGA